UGGAGCUGCAAUGGAAACAUCUCCGCUGGUGGGUGGAUGAACGGGCCCGGGUCCAUCCUCUCCCACCGAACACUGACUUUACUUCAUCGGGUCGCGGACGAGCUGCAGCCGGACCGGGGAUUCUCCUCCUCAGCUCCGGCUCGAUCCACAGGACGCGUCACCGAGCUUCAGGUUGAAGCGAGCCCCGACUGAAGGCAUGUGGUGGAUAUUAUGGCUCACAGCCGGCGAACAUCUCUUUGGAGCCAACAACUGGCUGGCUCACGCCACCCUGUAGCCGGGCCUCCUCCACCUGAGCUCCAUGCUCCUCACCCAGUGAACCUUUUGACUUCAUGAAGAUCCCUGACAUCGGUGAUGUAAUGAAUAAAUUUGAAGUCCUUGGGAUCGUGGGUGAAGGUGCCUAUGGUGUUGUUUUGAAGUGCCGACACAAGGAGACCAAUGAAAUUGUGGCCAUUAAGAAGUUCAAGGACAGUGAAGAAAAUGAAGAGGUUAAAGAAACGACUCUGCGGGAGCUUAAGAUGCUCCGCACGCUCAAGCAGGAAAAUAUCGUGGAGUUGAAAGAGGCAUUCCGCAGAAGAGGAAAGCUGUAUCUCGUCUUUGAGUAUGUGGAGAAGAACAUGCUUGAGCUGCUGGAGGAGUUACCCAAUGGUGUGCCGACAGAGAAAGCCCGCAGCUACAUCUUCCAACUAAUCAAGGCGAUCCACUGGUGCCACAAGCAUGACAUCGUUCAUCGGGACAUAAAGCCAGAAAACCUUCUCAUCAGCUCUGACGACACCCUGAAGUUGUGUGACUUUGGCUUUGCACGUAAUCUCUCAGAGGGGACUGAUGCCAAUUACACAGAGUAUGUCGCCACUAGAUGGUACCGCUCUCCAGAGCUCCUGCUCGGGGCACCUUACGGGAAGGCGGUGGACAUGUGGUCAGUGGGCUGCAUCCUCGGAGAGCUGAGCGACGGACAGCCUCUGUUCCCAGGAGAGAGUGAGAUUGACCAGCUCUUCACCAUUCAGAAAGUGCUGGGACCCCUGCCACCAGAACAGAUGAAGCUUUUCUAUAACAACCCCCGCUUCCAUGGGCUGCGGUUCCCUGCUGUGAACCACCCACAGACCCUGGAGCGCCGAUACCUGGGAAUCAUUGGCGGAGGCCUGCUGGACCUGCUGAAGAACCUGCUGUUGCUGAACCCGACAGAGCGGUUUCUCACGGAGCAGAGCCUCAACCACCACACCUUCCAGACUCUGCGGCUGGUGGAGCGGCCAGGCCCACCGACACCGACACCUGUACGCUCCUCCAAGAGAAAACCUCACCAUGGAGACAACACCACCCCCAGCAGGAGCCAUGGUAGUAAGAGCUCAGGAAGCCAUCGCUCCAGCAGCAGAGAGGGCUCCAGCUUGCCUCGGCAUGAAGACCUCCACCCCAGCAACGACAGCUUUCUCAACGGCAACAUGCCUACAGCGAUCAACCUCAGUCCCACCCUGCAUCCCAAGAACUACCAGCCGCAGAUCUUUAACCAUUCCACUUCGUGCAGCAUGGACCUAGCCAGCAGCAACCUGCCUCACUUGCUCAGUCCCGGUGAGGCCAAGGGCAAGGGGGACUUCGACAAGAGCCUGGGAUCCAAGGUGUCAGACGGCCCCGGGGCCAAGUACCUCAAAUCCAAUUUCCGCUCGCAGCAGAACCGCCAUUCCUUUGUGGAGGGUAAAACCAACACGCUUCAGUCAGGGGAGAAACAUAGUAGACACAGCUACAUGGAGUCUCACAGCUCCACACCCUCCUCCUCCAAGUUUGCCUACCUAAACUUAUCCAAGAGCUACGGUACUCUUAGUGAUGCCAAGUCUGUGGGAAACUUAAAUGAUGUGCAUCUCUAUGCGGAUGAGCCUACAGCGCGCUAUUUUCCUUCAAGCUGCCUUGACCUCACGGCUCCGAGCAGCCCAGCAGCCCGCCGAGUCGACAGACUGGGACUCGGCACAGCAAGCCGAGGAAGCAUGCGCACAGAGAGGGAAAGCAACACUCUGGACUCUUCUUACAGGCGCUCAUCCAUCCGCCACAAGGCCUCAGAGGAGGCCAAGUCGCCAGAUACCCUGGACCCUGGGGAAAGUGGCGUGGAAAGGACCCACGCUCACUCUCUGUCCGCCCCACAUGACAAUGUGUCUUACGGUCAGGGGUACAAUAGCCCCUUCUCCUCCCAGCAGAGGCCGCACCGUCACUCUAUGUACGUAAGGAGGGACCACCAGAGGACACACGGGGCGGACGAGGGUCUGGUGGUGAGUCAGGGCAUGCCUACCAGAGCCAGCAGCCUCCAGCUCCUUUCCCCACAGCUGCAGCACCGCACGCUGCCUCACCACUCUGGGGGCUCCUCCAGAGAAGAAGACAUGAGCAGGCAGACUGAACAGGCACCCACUGAGGUCAUCCACAGCAGACCCCCAAUAAGGGACUCGACCAGGGACAACUCUGCAUCUUUUCACACACAACGGCAAAAAAGCGAGGUCGGCUUAUAUCAUGACAAGCAAACAGAAGAUGGAGGCUCCUCCAAAGAGAAUCGUAACAUCUACAGUGAAUCCAUGCCAAGGAGAGUGGGAAGCUUCUACAGAGUCCCUUCCCCCCGGCCAGACAACUCCUUUCAUGAUAGCAGGGGUCAGAGCCGGGGCUCUGGCUUGUCCGGGGACAGCAGCGGUUUGACCAACCACUCCAAACGCCAGCAGGGCUUUGACCCUUGGACUGGCCCAGAUACUGUUGUGUUGAGCUCCUCUGAGCCGUCCAAAGAAAAAGAGAAGCAGGGUUUCUUCAGAGCAAUAAAGAAGAAAAAGAAAAAAUCGCAAAUGAUGGAGGUCCCCGGUGGAAGGCCUCCUGUCAUCAAGAAAUGUCUUUUCCCUCUGUUUAGCCCAAAGAAUAACAUAAAGCAUAGUUCCACUGUGAGAGUCCUCCCUGUAGUGCCGUCUCCCAUGGUCCCCACUGAAGGGGUGGAUCCAGUCAUCCAGAAGUCGUCCAGGUCUUCAGGUCACCAGAGCGGCCGCCACAGGACCCGUGACAAGAGCAGAGACCGAGACCGAGACAGGGACAAGGACUGGCCUCCUGAGAAGCUGUCGGAUUCACAUUCUCCGAGUCAACCACUGAAGUCACUUCGCAAGCUCCUGCACCUUUCGUCCUCCUCCUCCAACCAGACGGCGCCCUCUGAUAUGCGCUAUCAGCAACUGCCUAAUCCAGCUUCCGCUCAAGGUGGUUUCUCUGAGAGCCGGGGCCACUCAGGGGUCAGUACGCCCCAGCUGAAGAGCCGACAGGCGGCCUACCCACUGCCUGCACAGCUGGAGUCCGGCUGGCACCCGUCUGCCCUGGGCCGCCCCGAGGGCAACCCCUACCCGGAGCAAAUGGGCAUCAAGGGAGGCCAGAACGGGCACGGCUUCGGACGCCCGUCCAGGUCUCGUAUGCCAAACCUCAAUGACCUGAAAGAGACGGCGCUGUGAUUUCCACGGCCCUCACACUCACUGGGGGAUGACGCUUCCCCUCUGUUGCUCCUAUACCUCCCUUAUGUAACAGUACACCUGCUGUACACACA